CAUUAUUAUUCAGAAAUGUUGUAUUGURUUUUUAGAGCUUUAAAGUAUAUGCCCCAUGCUGUGCUCAAACUGUUGGAGAACAUGCCUAUGCCAUGGGAACAAAUUCGUGAUGUCAAAGUGUUAUAUCACAUCACAGGUGCUAUAACAUUUGUUAAUGAGAUUCCUUGGGUUGUGGAGCCAAUCUACAUGGCACAGUGGGGAACAAUGUGGAUCAUGAUGCGUCGUGAAAAAAGAGAUCGUCGUCAUUUCAAGAGGAUGAGAUUUCCACCGUUUGAUGAUGAAGAACCUCCGUUAGACUACGCUGACAAUAUUCUUGAUGUAGAACCAUUAGAAUCUAUACAGUUAGAAUUAGAUCCUCAAGAAGAUGGUGAAGUCUAUGAAUGGUUCUAUGACCAUAAACCUCUUGCAGAAUCACAGUUCGUAAAUGGAACAUCAUAUAGACGUUGGAAUCUCUCUCUCCCCAUCAUGGCUACCCUUUACCGUCUUGGCAACCAGCUUUUGACAGACUUGGUUGAUGAGAAUUACUUUUAUCUGUUUGACUUGAAAGCAUUUUUCACAGCCAAAGCACUAAAUGUUUGCAUACCUGGUGGACCAAAGUUUGAACCUUUAGUGAGAGAUGUGACAGUACAUGAAGAAGACUGGAAUGAAUUCAAUGAUGUGAAUAAGAUUAUUAUCCGUCAGCCAGUGAGAACAGAGUAYAGAAUYGCCUUCCCUUAUCUAUUCAACAGUUUGCCMUACAAAGUACAUCUGCCAUGGUACCAUAGUGUUAGUACUGUGUACAUCAAGACAGAAGAUCCUGAUUUACCAGCUUUUUACUUUGAUCCUCUCAUCAAUCCAAUCUCUCACAGACAUGCYAUCAAGGCCCAGGAACCAUUGCCUGAUGAUGAUGAUAGCUUUGAGUUACCAGAGGAAAUCCAGCCAUUUUUACAAGACAGACCACUGUACACUGAUAAUACUKCUAAUGGUAUAUCUUUGUUAUGGGCACCAAGACCUUUUAACUUGAGAUCUGGAAGAUGCAGACGAGCUUUAGAUAUUCCUUUAGUGAAAUCUUGGUACAGAGAGCACUGUCCAUCUGGGCAUCCUGUCAAGGUGAGAGUGUCCUAUCAGAAGCUUCUAAAGUGUUAUGUGCUGAAUGCUCUGAAGCAUAGACCUCCAAAGGCACAGAAAAAGAGGUAUUUGUUCCGGUCAUUCAAAUCAACCAAGUUCUUUCAGUCAACAACAUUAGAUUGGGUAGAGGCUGGUCUUCAAGUGUGCCGUCAGGGCUACAACAUGCUGAAUCUGUUAAUUCAUCGUAAAAAUCUCAACUACCUUCAUCUUGAUUAUAACUUCAACUUGAAGCCCAUCAAGACAUUGACAACCAAAGAGCGUAAGAAGUCUAGGUUUGGUAACGCCUUCCAUCUUUGCCGUGAAAUCCUUAGACUGACUAAACUUAUUGUGGAUUCACAUGUGCAGUACAGACUUGGYAAUGUUGAUUGCUUUCAGCUUGCAGAUGGUUUGCAGUACAUGUUUUCUCAUGUUGGUCAGUUGACAGGCAUGUACCGUUACAAGUAUAAGUUGAUGAGGCAGAUUCGAAUGUGCAAGGACUUGAAGCAUCUCAUCUACUAUAGAUUUAACACUGGAGCUGUUGGUAAAGGCCCUGGUUGUGGUUUCUGGGCUCCAGGGUGGCGUGUAUGGCURUUCUUCCUGCGUGGUAUUGUUCCCUUGCUUGAGAGAUGGCUUGGAAAYCUUCUAGCAAGACAGUUUGAAGGCAGACAUUCCAAAGGAGUCGCCAAGACAGUGACUAAACAACGUGUGGAGAGUCACUUUGACCUUGAGUUGAGAGCCGCAGUAAUGCAUGACAUUCUUGACAUGAUGCCUGAGGGAAUCAAGCAGAACAAAGCUAGAACUAUCCUGCAGCAUCUAAGUGAAGCAUGGAGGUGUUGGAAGGCUAAUAUCCCUUGGAAGGUACCAGGCUUACCAAUCCCCAUUGAGAACAUGAUCCUUCGAUAUGUGAAGGCUAAAGCUGAUUGGUGGACUAACACAGCCCACUAYAAUAGAGAGCGUAUUCGCAGAGGAGCGACAGUUGACAAGACUGUGUGUAAGAAGAACUUGGGCAGAUUAACUAGAUUGUACCUMAAGGCUGAGCAAGAAAGACAGCAUAACUACUUGAAGGAUGGUCCUUACAUCUCAGCUGAAGAGGCUGUGGCAAUCUACACAACUACAGUCCAUUGGCUUGAAAGCAGGCGAUUCUCUCCCAUUCCCUUCCCUCCUCUCUCAUACAAACAUGACACUAAGCUGCUUAUCCUUGCUCUAGAGAGACUGAAGGAAGCAUACAGUGUAAAGAGCCGUCUCAAUCAGUCACAGCGUGAGGAGCUUGGUUUAAUUGAACAAGCUUAUGAUAACCCUCAUGAAGCUUUGAGCAGAAUCAAACGUCAUCUUCUUACACAGAGGGCCUUCAAAGAGGUUGGUAUUGAGUUCAUGGACUUGUACAGUCAUCUCAUCCCAGUCUAUGAUGUUGAGCCAUUAGAGAAGAUCACUGAUGCCUACCUKGAUCAGUAUCURUGGUAUGAAGCAGAUAAACGAAGACUGUUUCCUCCCUGGAUCAAACCAGCUGACACUGAACCACCACCUCUACUUGUCUACAAAUGGUGUCAAGGUAUCAACAAUCUACAAGAUGUKUGGGAGACUGCWGAGGGAGAAUGYAACGUCAUGAUGGAAUCUAAGUAUGAGAAGCUGUACGAGAAGAUUGACUUGACCUUGUUGAACAGGCUGCUUCGUUUGAUUGUGGAUCACAACAUUGCWGAUUACAUGACAGCAAAAAACAAUGUUGUCAUCAACUACAAGGACAUGAAYCAUACCAAUUCCUAUGGAAUCAUUCGUGGUCUUCAGUUUGCAUCGUUCAUUGUACAGUACUAUGGUUUGGUGUUGGAUCUCUURGUUCUUGGUCUACAGAGAUCAAGUGAGAUGGCAGGCCCACCUCAAAUGCCCAAUGAUUUCUUGUCAUUCCAAGAUGUAGACACAGAAGCCAAACAUCCAAUCAGACUCUAYUCAAGAUACAUUGACAGAACACACAUAUUCUUCAGGUUUACUGCUGAAGAAGCUCGUGAUCUCAUUCARAGAUAUCUMACAGAGCAUCCUGAUCCUAAUAACGAGAACAUUGUAGGCUACAACAACAAGAAAUGCUGGCCGCGUGAUGCACGCAUGCGUCUUAUGAAACAUGAUGUCAAUCUUGGACGUGCUGUGUUCUGGGACAUCAAGAACCGUUUACCUCGCUCUGUCAGUACCUUGAUGUGGGAGAACAGUUUUGUGUCAGUUUAUAGUAAGGAUAAYCCUAAUUUGUUGUUCAAUAUGGGAGGCUUUGAAUGUCGAAUACUGCCAAAGUGUCGCACCACUUUUGAAGAGUUUACUCACAGAGAUGGAGUUUGGAAUCUACAGAAUGAGGUUACAAAAGAGCGCACUGCCCAGUGUUUCCUACGUGUUGACAAUGAGUCUCUAGGCCGAUUUCAUAACCGUGUCCGUCAGAUCCUCAUGGCUUCUGGUUCGACUACCUUCACUAAGAUUGUUAACAAGUGGAACACAGCAUUGAUUGGACUUAUGACAUACUUUAGAGAAGCAGUSGUCAACACUCAAGAACUUCUGGAUUUACUGGUGAAAUGUGAAAACAAGAUUCAAACACGUAUCAAGAUUGGUCUGAAUUCCAAAAUGCCAAGUCGUUUUCCACCUGUAGUGUUCUACACACCCAAAGAGUUGGGAGGACUGGGAAUGUUGUCCAUGGGUCAUGUCCUUAUCCCUCAGUCAGAUCUCAGAUGGUCCCAACAGACAGACGUAGGAAUCACUCACUUCCGGUCUGGCAUGAGCCACGAUGAAGACCAACUUAUUCCUAACUUGUAYAGAUACAUUCAACCAUGGGAGAGUGAAUUCAUUGAUUCUCAAAGAGUCUGGGCCGAGUAUGCUUUGAAGCGCCAAGAAGCCAAUGCCCAAAACAGGCGCUUAACACUCGAAGACCUUGAAGAUUCCUGGGAUCGUGGUAUCCCACGUAUCAACACCCUCUUUCAGAAGGACAGACAUACUCUUGCCUAUGACAAGGGCUGGAGAGURCGAACUGACUUUAAGCAGUACCAGGUUCUAAAACAGAAUCCGUUCUGGUGGACCCACCAGCGUCAUGAUGGUAAACUAUGGAAUCUGAACAACUACCGAACSGACAUGAUCCAGGCACUUGGUGGAGUUGAAGGGAUUUUGGAACACACUUUAUUCAAAGGAACCUAUUUCCCUACAUGGGAAGGUUUGUUUUGGGAGAAAGCCAGUGGAUUUGAGGAAUCMAUGAAGUACAAGAAACUCACCAAUGCACAGAGGUCUGGUUUGAACCAGAUUCCUAACAGAAGAUUUACAUUGUGGUGGUCMCCAACCAUCAACAGAGCUAACGUUUAUGUUGGCUUCCAAGUACAGCUUGACUUGACUGGUAUCUUCAUGCAUGGCAAAAUCCCGACACUCAAGAUCUCAUUGAUUCAGAUAUUCAGGGCUCAUUUAUGGCAGAAAGUACAUGAAAGUGUUGUCAUGGAUCUUUGUCAGGUGUUUGAUCAAGAGUUAGAUGCCCUUGAAAUAGAGACAGUCCAGAAAGAAACAAUUCAUCCUCGUAAAUCUUACAAGAUGAACAGUUCCUGUGCAGAUAUUCUGCUGUUUGCUGCAUACAAGUGGAACAUCUUCAAACCAUCGUUACUUGCAGAUUCAAAUGACAUGAUGGAUGGUUCUGUAAGUCAAAAGUACUGGGUGGAUGUACAGCUACGAUGGGGUGAUUAUGACUCUCAUGACAUUGAGCGAUAUGCCCGUGCUAAGUUCCUGGAUUAUACCACAGACAACAUGAGCAUCUACCCCUCCCCUACUGGAGUCCUCGUUGCCAUUGAUCUUGCCUACAAUCUUCACAGUGCMUUUGGUAACUGGUUCCCUGGCAUUAAACCUCUAAUCCAGCAAGCAAUGGCUAAAAUCAUGAAAGCCAACCCUGCGUUGUAUGUGUUGMGAGAGCGUAUCCGUAAAGCUCUUCAGCUUUACUCGAGUGAGCCUACUGAACCUUAYCUGUCAUCUCAGAACUACGGAGAACUGUUCUCCAACCAAAUCAUCUGGUUUGUUGACGAUACCAAUGUCUAUCGUGUUACUAUCCACAAGACUUUUGAAGGUAACUUGACGACCAAGCCUAUCAAUGGUGCUAUUUUUAUCUUCAAUCCACGUACUGGUCAGUUGUUCCUCAAGAUCAUUCACACCUCAGUMUGGGCUGGACAGAAACGUUUAGGACAGCUUGCUAAGUGGAAGACAGCCGAGGAAGUUGCUGCUUUGAUUCGUUCUCUUCCUGUUGAAGAACAACCGAAACAGAUCAUCGUUACAAGAAAGGGCAUGCUUGAUCCUCUUGAGGUUCAUCUUCUUGACUUCCCCAACAUUGUUAUCAAAGGCAGUGAAUUACAGCUACCUUUCCAAGCCUGUUUGAAGGUUGAGAAGCUGGGCGACAUGAUUCUCAAAGCCACAGAACCACAGAUGGUUUUAUUCAACUUGUAUGAUGAUUGGCUCAAGACCAUUUCAUCGUACACCGCCUUCUCUCGUCUGAUUCUUAUCUUACGAGCCCUUCACGUUAAUGCUGACCGUACCAAGGURAUCCUUAAACCAGACAAGACUAUCAUCACUGAACCUCAUCAYAUYUGGCCUUCUCUUUCUGAUGAAGAGUGGGUUAGCGUUGAAGUCCAGCUGAAGGAUCUUAUCUUGGCAGAUUAUGGCAAGAAAAACAAUGUAAACGUCGCCUCGCUUACCCAGUCUGAGAUCCGUGACAUUAUCCUUGGUAUGGAAAUCUCAGCACCUUCACAACAGCGACAACAAAUCGCUGAGAUUGAAAAACAAACCAAAGAACAGUCGCAGUUGACAGCCACAACCACUCGUACCACCAACAUACACGGUGAUGAGAUCAUCGUAUCAACUACCAGUAACUACGAGACAUCAACGUUCUCUUCUAAGACAGAAUGGCGCGUCAGGGCUAUUUCAGCUACCAAUCUUCAUCUUCGUACCAACCAUAUCUAUGUAUCAUCCGAUGAUAUCAAAGAGACUGGAUUUACCUACAUCUUGCCUAAGAAUGUACUUAAGAAGUUUAUUGUCAUCUCUGAUCUUAGAACACAGAUUGCUGGCUACCUUUAUGGUGUUAGUCCACCGGACAAUCCACAAGUCAAAGAGAUACGAUGCAUCGUCAUGGUACCACAAUGGGGCACUCAUCAGACUGUCCACUUGCCCAACAUGCUUCCACAGCAUGAUUACUUAAAGGAGAUGGAACCCCUCGGAUGGAUUCACACCCAACCCAAUGAACUACCUCAAUUAGCUCCGCAAGACGUAACAACUCAUGCAAAGAUUAUGGCAGACAAUCCUUCGUGGGAUGGAGAGAAAACUGUCAUUAUAACAUGCAGUUUCACGCCAGGGUCGUGUUCYCUAACUGCCUACAAACUAACACCGUCAGGCUAUGACUGGGGUCGAAACAACAAGGACACUGGAAACAAYCCCCGUGGCUACCUCCCCUCCCACUAUGARAAAGUACAGAUGCUUCUGUCUGAUCGCUUUCUUGGUUUCUUUAUGGUUCCCGCUCAAGGCUCGUGGAACUUUAACUUCAUGGGUGUACGCCACUCGGCCAACAUGCGAUACGAGCUUCAGCUAUCCAACCCUAARGACUUCUACCACGAGGUUCACCGGCCCUCGCACUUCUUGAACUUCAGCUCGAUGGAAGACGUAGAGACUGUCGGCGCCGAUAGAGAAGACAUGUUUGGUUAGACCGACUACAGUGUUAUACURCUGUACAUACAGGACAUGAAGGAAAAACCUGCCAUGAACUUUUUUUCUUMUUAUUACUUUCACACUUUUUGUAUAAAUAAAUGUUAUCAAAGAUCAAAUCAGUUCAAAUGUUGCAAAUGGUAGAAUCCUAGGCAGCAUGUAGUGAGUGCAGUAAUGAAAUUUGAGACGUCAACCACACAAUCUGUAAACGCGAAGAAGAGGAAAAAAAUUCAAACGAACAAAAAAGUUGCAGAACAACGAACUCAGCAGGAACUUCUAGUUUUAUUAGAUUGACUGAAAAAUAAUUUGUAAGUGUCUCUUAACCCAAUAAACUAUUCAUUUUCAGUA